CCACCAAUGAAAUCAUUUUGUUGUCGACGUCUUCGAGGCGCAAAUUUCAGGCGGUUGUCAUGUUUUCAUUAGUUUUUCUUACUUUUAAAUGACUUGGUGAUUCACCACCUACUAAAAUAAUGACCACCGCCACCAACUCGUCAAUUCUCAAAGAUGUGGUCGCCUAUGUCGAUGUGUGGUCGUCAGAAAAAACAGCCAACUGUUCAAAACCAUUUAUUCAGCAGCUUCAUGAGAUGGGAGCUCAGGUAUCAAAAACAUUCAGUAAACGAGUCACGCAUGUGGUGUUUCACAGCGGCCAUCCAACAACAUGGAGAAAAGCGAAGAAGAGCCACGUGAAGCUCGUGUCUGUUCUUUGGGUUGGACGAUGUUAUGACGAUGGUGUUCAUGUGGAUGAAGAGUUGUUUCCCGCCAUCAAUAAUGAAACAAAUCCCGUGUUGAAAAAUAAGAGACAUCGUUGCAUGCAGCCGAAGGAUUCCCCGGAGAGAUCACCGGUGUACGACAAACGGAUGAAGAGAAAGUUAGAGAAAAUGAUGAAAGAUCUGCCUCCAAAGCAAGUUCAAGUCACUGAAGUGUCAGAUAUUAUCAUCGAUGAGGAGAAUGGAAUCAUCUACAGUCCUGCUCUGAAGCGAUCAGAUUACAUGGCGCGGCGUCUGAAGGACAUGAAGGAGAAACAUGAAAGCCUCUCGCCCACAGCCUCACAGAUGGUUGAAUCCUCCUCACCUCCUGGACUCAAACCUUCUCUUGGGAGCACACCUACAGGAUUACGAUUUCUAUAUAAUGAAUUGGAUGAAGAUUCUGGUUCAUCGGUUGCUGAACUCGCUUAUUCACCAGAUGAUGCCGAAGUGAAAGUGCGGUUGAAUGAAUGUGACCUGGAAGAUCGGGAGCCACCACUACAGAAAGACUUACAAAAGCCUUGGCUGUCGCCUUGCAGUGCUGUUCCAAAACGAUCCUCAAUGAGUCCCGUGCGAGUUUUCGACUUCAAUGUCUCCGAGACAGAAGAAGCAAUCGGACGAAGGAAGUCCAGGAGGAUGUCAGUUAGAGAAAGGCCAGUAGACAAAUCUAAUGUUUUGUUUGGGAGUGCUGCAGGCGACCACAAAGGGAUGAGGCAGCCCAAGAUAAGAUCUAUGAGUCCUCUAGUCAAAAAAACUGUCACUAAAAAAGCAACACCAGUCAAAUGUAUAAAGGAAACGUGUAAAACUACUGAUUCCUUCACAGAAAUACAAAGUCUGGAUGAUACAAAGUCUAUUGGUUUGACUCAAGAUAGCACUAGGGCAGGACCCUCGCUUCCGAAAGCUGAAGAGAAACACCGGGAGAGUGAUGGCCCAUCGAUUUCUGCUCUAGUGCCGUCUGGACUGUUCCAUACAUCUUCAAAAGCUUCAAUAGGGUCCAAAGAUAGUGGUGAUGACGACAAUGUGUUUGAGGACUUCUUUUCACCAGUUAGGAAACCAAAAGAACGACUUCGGCUGUCUACGGAUGAAGACAUCUUUUUUCCUUUUCCGUUGGAUUCAAUCUCUAAGAAAAGGAAAGUAAGGCGAAGUGAAAGCCUUGCAGUGGAAGCUGGGAGUAAAAAGAGGAUGAGACUGGAGCAUGGUACAGGUGGAGAUCAUUGUAGUAAAACUGAACCCAACAGUCCUGCAGAGAUGGAACUAAAGAUGUGUCCAAAAGCCAGCAAGACACUGACAGGCAAGCAAAGGAGACAGAGCACAUUACCCUUCAUUAGCUCCACUGAAGCCACCGCUGACAACGGAACAAAAACUACAUCAGCUCCACAGAAACACCACGUGGCUCACGCCCUAGAAAAUCAUCAGCUGCAUCUUGAUCGUGGUUCAUCGGUUGAUGCAGAAGAAAAGGUGCAGUUAAGCAAAUGUCAGAGAAGUCGCCACUUGGAUGUCUCAGAGACAGAAGGAGGAAUUGGGCGAAGGAAGUCCAGGAGGAUGUCAGUUAGAGAAAGGCCAGUAGACAAAUCUAAUGUUUUGUUUGGGAGUGCUGCAGGCGACCACAAAGGGAUGAGGCAGCCCAAGAUAAGAUCUAUGAGUCCUCCUGUCAAAAAAACUGUCACUAAACAACGAACUCCAGUCAAAUGUAUAAAGGGAAAGUCUAAAACUAGUGAUUCCUAUUCAGAAACUAGUCUUGAUAUUGCAGAUUCUGAUGGUUUGGAAUCAGCUGUGAUAGAUGACGAUUGUCUUGACGCAGGACCCUCACUUCCUAAAGCUGAAGAGAAACAGAGUGGUGGACCAUCGCUUUCUGCUCUUGUGCGAUCUGGACUGUUCCAUACAUCUUCUAAAGCUUCAAAAGUGUCUAAAGAUGGUGGCGAUGACAACAAUGUGUUCGAGGACUUCUUUUCACCGGCUAGGAAAUCAAAAGAACGACCUCGGCUGUCUACGGAGGAAGACAUCCUUUUUCCAUUUCAGUUGGAUUCGAUCUCGAAGAAAAGGAAAGUAAGGAGAAGUGAAAGCUUUGCAGUGGAAGCUGGGAGUAAAAGGAGGAUGAGACUGGAGCAUGGUACAGGUGGAGAUAAUUGUAGUAAAACUGAACCCAACAGUCCUGCAGAGAUGGAACUAAAGAUGUGUCCAAAAGCCAGCAAGACACUGACAGGCAAGCAAAGGAGACAGAGCACAUUACCCUUCAUUAGCUCCACUGAAGCCACCGCUGACAAAGGAACAGAAGCUGCACCAGCACCGCAGAAACACCAUGUGGCUCACACCUUAGAAAAUAACGGAAGCGAAGCUGCAGCUGGUUCAACAGAGAUCUCAUGUGACGCUGAGGAGAACAGACAAAAAAUGAUCCACAAGUCUAAGAGAACAUUGGUCAUGACGAGCAUGCCUUCCGAGAAGCAGCAAGUGGUGGUCCAGCUGGUGAAAGCCCUGGGUGGAUUUGUGAUUGUUGAUCGGGUUAGCGACAGCACUACGCACGUGGUGUCAGGCAGCGACAGGCGAACUCUGAAUAUUCUUUUGGGCAUCGCUCGUGGCUGCUGGAUCCUCUCAUAUGAAUGGAUCCUCUGGUGUUUGGAACAUAGAAAGUGGAUUCCAGAAGAACCAUAUGAGCUCUCAGAGCAGUUUCCGGCAGCACAAAUCUGCCGGCUCCAAAGGCACCUGUCUGCUGGAGAGCAUCAGCAAGACCUGUUCCAUGGUCAGCCAGCCAUGUAUGUGUCCCAGCAGUCGCAGCCUCCUGCCAAGAGUUUGGUGGAGCUCAUCCAACUCUGUGGUGGAACCGUCUGCAAAACGGUCCGACAGGCUGGUAUCUGUAUUGGGAAGUACAGCGGCAGGAGGCCAGAAGGAAGCAGGAUCCUGUCUGAGCAGUGGGUCCUAGACAGCAUCACUCAUCUGAAGCAACUUUCAUAUGACAACUACAACUUGGCUUGAAAACGUUUUUUUUUUUCACUUUAUGUUUGGUCACCAUGGUUGCCGUGGUUAUUGACGCCACCAUAGCACAAACAUGAUUUGUCU